AGACAAUCACGCUGCCUCCUGACCCAUCGGAGGCAGGCAGGGCCCCGCUGAAUCAGAGCUGCUCCUGGGCUAGAUCAGCGGUUAUCCAUCCCGGAUCCUGCUCCCAAUGCAGGAAAGGCAAGACAGAAACCCCCUUCUGUCCUUCGUUCCGUGACAUCAUGGUCCAUGCUCAUAGCAAAGCCGGUGUUUUGAAACGUGUGCACUUGCCAGCUCUCACCCUUUUCUCUUGAAUCACAACGCACAAUUUCCCGGCCAAGAGACUUUUUCCUUCCAGUGCUGUUUCAACAUCUCUUGUCUCCCUCACGUCCACAGCCAAUAAAAAGAGACACGUCCCUCUGUGCCUGCAGAACGAAGACUCGGGGAGUUCCAGCGAGACCCAGGUCCUUGUCGUGCUUCUUGCUUGGAGAUUUUAAUGAAGGCUCUACAGGAUGCUCAGGCUGGCUGUGUUCCUCUGUGCUCUGUGUGCUGUCUCAUGGGGGUUUCUCUGCCUUCACUUUGUCACCCCAGGCAAAUGGGGCGGCCGACCCGCCAACUGCUCUUCGCCUCUCAAGGCAGUGCAGACUAGAUACGUCAUUAUCCUCCACACGGCCGGCAGCAGCUGCAAAACGGGUGCUGAAUGCAACCAGCAGAUGGUGAAUAUUCAGCAUUACCACAUGAACAAGGGCUGGUGCAACAUUGCCUACAACUUCCUAAUUGGUGAGGAUGGGAAGGUGUAUGAAGGCAGAGGCUGGAAUACAGAAGGCGCCCACACUUAUGGUUACAAUGACAUCUCUCUGGGCAUAGCCUUUAUUGGCGACUUUACAGGAAGGUCUCCCAAUGCAGCGGCCUGGAAAGCUUUGAAGCACCUGCUCCACUUCGCUGUUGAGAAUGGCUACUUGUCUUCUGACUAUCUCCUCAUGGCUCACGGGGACAUCAGCAAUACCAUUUCUCCUGGGCAGCCCAUCCGUGAGGUCCUCAAGACGUGGCCGCAUUAUAAACACUGAGUGCCACCAGCCUGGUGAAGGAUGCAUGUGUGUGUUGAAAGCCAAGGAUGCUGGCCGAGGAAUCUGGCUCUUUUCAUGUGCUUAGUGUAUAUAUAGAAAGAUAGUUUGACUCUUAAAUGUUUCGGGUUGGAUUCUCAGCCCCAGUUCUGUCUGCUGAGCAAUGCACGGGGGAAGCAAUGUGGCUGCAUGCAGCCAGUUGAGAGUCCCCCCUGUUGAAAUUCUGACCUGGUGUCAGACAACAGAGCAAAUUCUUUUGCUGACUGCUCAGGCACCUGAAACCCAUUGAUUUCAAUGUGUUUUAGGCACCUUGUUCCUUUUGAAAAUCCUCCUAGGUACCUAAAUACUUUAAAAAUCUAGCCCUUAGAGACCAGAGCCAGCUGCGGUUAAUUAGAGCAGCCCCUAGUUUGCUCUAAUUUAUGUCAAGGCUGGGUCUGGGACAGCCUGAGAAUUGAAGGGAGAUAACUUGCUCCUGACUGUCCUUGCCACCUUGCACCAAGCGUACCUUGCUGCAGGGGAGAAAGUGGCCUCACUCCCCUGCAAAGGUUUUACAGUAGAACGAACCUCAGAGUUACAAACACCAGAGUUAUGAAUUCAUCAGUUACCCACACACCUCAGCUGGAACUAGAAGGACGCAAUCACAGUACUGAAUUAAACAUAAACUACUAAAAAAAUAAAGGGAAAGUAGCAUUUCAAAGCAUCUUCUGCAUAGCAAAGUUUCUAAGCUGUGUUAAGUCAAUGUGCAGUUGCAAAGUUUUGAAAGAGCAGCCAGAACGUUUUGCUCAGAGUGACGAACAGGCUCCAUGCCCGAGGUGAUCGUGACUCUGAUGUUCUCCCGUAUUUGGUUCUGUAGCUAAUCCGUGAAGUCAGCAGCCUCUUGUCCUCACUGGCCUCCAGAAGUCCAUCCCCGUAAAACCCUGACCACAUCCCUGCUCCCUGCACGAAUGCUUCAGCUCUAAUGAACGUAGGGUGACCAGAUGUCCCGAUUGUAUAGGGACAGUCCUGAUAUUUGGAGCUUUGUCUUAUAUAGGCUCCUAUUACCCCCAGAUCCCUGUCCUAAUUUUUCACACUUGCUACCUCAUCACCCUAAAUCAGGGGUCGGCAACCUUUCAGAAGUGCUGUGGUGAGUCUCCAUUUAUUCACUCUAAUGUAAGAUUUCGUGUGCCAGUAAUACAUUUUAACGUUUUUAGAAGGUCUUUUUCGCUAAGUCUAUAAUAUAUAACUAAAGUGUUGUUGUAUGUAAAGUAAAUAGGGUUUUCUAAAUG